UAAUGGUAAAAUAAUAAACCUUAUUUUCCUAAGUUCUCAUUUACAUAUAAAAAAAUACCAAAACUACCCUUUUCUAUAUUCUUGAAUCCAUUUCCCUCUUAAUUCUUUCCUUUUCAUCAACUUUUUUUCUCCUAAAAAAACCUUUAUAACCCAAUUUUUUUUGUAUAUUUAUAUAUAUUCUCUCAAACAUCCAAUAUUUUAUACACAGCCGGUCCGGCCUGGUCAUAGAAACAUAGCCGGCGACCCAUUACCCACUUUCUUUUUAAGCCUGAUAACCAAGAACCAAGAGCUAAGAAUUAAAAAAAACUUUUAUUAGUAUAACACCUAGCACAGCUUUUAUUAUAAAAUAAAAUACUCAGUUUCGAUCAUGCCCAGUUAGUGGUUCGUAGUUUUGCAGUCACGACUUGGUCCUUUAAAUUUUUGUUUAUCUAAUGUGAGAUAUUAUGAAGUGGUGCUGAUGUUGAAGUUUUCUUUUUAAAGAUUGGUUCUAUUUUUAUUUUUUUGUCUUGCCGUGUUUGCAAUUUUUUUUUGAAAGAAUCAAACAAAAGAAGGGAUCUUUAAAAGGACUUGGUUUCUCUACACAAAGGAUCUGACAAAGAGACUCUCUGGUAAGAAGUAAAUAUGGCCUCAAAGUCAUUUAAAGCUAGCAGAUCAAAUCUAUCAGUUAGUUCAGAUGUCAACGACUCUCAGAAGCCUCCGCUGCCUCCAACUGUAACAUUUGGCCGGAGAACUUCGUCGGGUCGCUAUAUCAGCUAUUCGAGGGAUGAUCUCGACAGUGAAUUGGGAAGUAGUGAUUUCAUGAACUAUACGGUGCAUAUACCGCCUACUCCUGAUAAUCAACCCAUGGAUCCGUCAAUUUCGCAGAAGGUUGAAGAGCAGUAUGUGUCAAAUUCACUCUUUACGGGCGGGUUUAAUAGUGUUACACGUGCUCAUCUUAUGGACAAGGUGAUUGAGUCUGAAACAAGCCAUCCCCAGAUGGCAGGUGCCAAGGGAUCUUCCUGUUCAAUCCCAGGUUGUGAUGCGAAGGUUAUGAGCGAUGAACGUGGAUUAGAUAUUCUCCCUUGUGAGUGCGAUUUCAAAAUAUGCCGAGAUUGUUAUAUUGAUGCAGUGAAAACAGGGGGUGGAAUUUGCCCAGGAUGUAAGGAGCCGUACAAGAACACUGAACUGGAUGAAAUAGCUGUGGAUAAUGGGAGGCCACUUCCGCUUCCUCCGCCAGGAACAGUGUCUAAAAUGGAAAGGAGGUUGUCGCUAAUGAAGUCAACAAAGUCGGUGCUAAUGAGGAGCCAAACUGGGGAUUUUGACCAUAAUAGGUGGCUGUUUGAAACAAGGGGGACUUAUGGAUAUGGGAAUGCUAUAUGGCCAAACGAUGGGGGUUUUGGCAGUGGAAAAGAAGACGACGUUUCAGAGCCCAAAGAGUUGAUGAAUAAACCAUGGAGGCCACUUACUCGGAAAUUAAAGAUACCGGCUGCUGUUAUCAGCCCGUACAGGCUGCUCAUUUUUAUUCGGAUUGUUGUCCUUGCCUUGUUCCUGCAGUGGAGAAUUGUUCAUCCAAAUGAAGAUGCUGUCUGGCUAUGGGGAAUGUCAGUUGUUUGUGAGAUAUGGUUUGCUUUUUCUUGGCUUCUUGACCAACUUCCGAAGCUAUGCCCAAUCAAUCGAGCAACAGAUCUAAGUGUCUUAAAAGAGAAAUUUGAAACACCGUGCCCCAGUAACCCUACUGGUAAAUCUGAUCUUCCGGGCAUUGAUAUAUUCGUCUCUACUGCAGAUCCAGAGAAAGAACCCCCUCUAGUUACUGCAAAUACUAUUUUGUCAAUUCUAGCUGCCGAUUACCCUGUUGAAAAACUUGCUUGUUAUGUUUCUGACGAUGGAGGUGCACUUCUAACAUUUGAGGCCAUGGCGGAAGCUGCAAGCUUUUCUAAUAUUUGGGUUCCUUUCUGUCGUAAACAUGAUAUUGAGCCCAGGAAUCCAGAAUCUUAUUUCAAUUUGAAGAGGGAUCCUUACAAGAACAAAGUGAAAUCAGAUUUUGUUAAGGAUCGUAGGAGGGUAAAGCGUGAAUAUGACGAGUUUAAGGUCCGAAUCAAUGGCUUGCCUGAUUCUAUUCGCCGCCGAUCUGAUGCCUUUCAUGCUCGCGAAGAAAUUAAGGCAAUGAAACUUCAAAGACAGAACAGGGACGAUGAACCUGGAGAGAGUGUUAAGAUUCCAAAAGCUACAUGGAUGGCAGAUGGUACUCAUUGGCCAGGGACGUGGAUGCAUUCUUCACCUGAGCAUUCUAAGGGUGACCAUGCUGGUAUAAUACAGGUGAUGUUGAAACUUCCAAGUGAUGAACCACUUCAUGGAACUGCUGAGGAUACUAAAAUCAUAGAUUUCAGUGAUGUCGAUAUUCGUCUCCCAUUGCUUGUUUAUGUUUCUCGUGAGAAACGUCCUGGCUAUGAUCACAACAAAAAGGCAGGAGCUAUGAAUGCACUUGUCCGAGCCUCAGCUAUUAUGUCUAAUGGCCCAUUUAUCCUCAACCUUGACUGUGACCACUAUAUUUACAACUCUGAAGCAAUGAGGGAAGGUAUAUGCUUCAUGAUGGAUCGAGGAGGGGACCGUAUCUGUUAUGUUCAGUUCCCUCAGAGAUUUGAGGGUAUCGACCCUUCUGAUCGAUAUGCCAAUCACAACACUGUUUUCUUCGAUGUUAAUAUGCGUGCUCUUGAUGGUCUUAUGGGACCAGUGUAUGUUGGAACCGGUUGUCUUUUCAGAAGAACUGCCCUAUAUGGCUUUGACCCUCCUCGAGCAAAAGAACACCAUCCAGGCUGUUGCGACUGCUGCUUUUCUCGUCGCAAAAAGCAUUCUUCUAUUGGAAACACGCCAGAAGAGAACAGGGCAUUAAGAAUGGGUGAUUCAGAUGAUGAAGAGAUGAACCUUUCAUCGUUUCCCAAGAAAUUUGGCAACUCAUCUUUCCUCGUUGAUUCAAUUCCAGUGGCUGAAUUUCAAGGUCGGCCCCUGGCAGAUCACCCAGCUGUUAAGAAUGGACGUCCACCUGGCGCUCUUACUAUUCCUCGUGACCUUCUUGAUGCAUCUACUGUUGCGGAGGCAAUUAGCGUCAUCUCUUGCUGGUACGAAGACAAGACGGAGUGGGGGAGUAGAGUUGGUUGGAUUUACGGGUCAGUCACAGAAGAUGUCGUUACUGGUUAUAGAAUGCACAACAGGGGAUGGAAAUCAGUUUACUGUGUGACCAAGCGUGAUGCAUUCCGAGGCACUGCUCCGAUCAAUCUCACGGAUAGGCUUCAUCAAGUCCUGAGGUGGGCUACUGGUUCGGUUGAGAUUUUCUUCUCUCGCAACAACGCCCUUCUGGCCAGCCCGAGAAUGAAAAUACUGCAGAGGAUAGCAUACCUCAAUGUCGGCAUUUACCCGUUCACCUCCUUCUUCUUGAUUGUCUACUGCUUCCUGCCGGCGCUAUCUCUCUUCUCCGGUCAGUUUAUCGUCCAAAGCCUGAAUGUCACUUUCCUAGUAUACCUCCUUGUCAUCUCUAUAACUCUAUGCUUACUCGCGGUGCUUGAGAUCAAAUGGUCCGGCAUUGAAUUAGAGGAGUGGUGGAGGAAUGAGCAGUUUUGGUUGAUCGGAGGAACUAGUGCCCAUUUUGCUGCUGUACUCCAGGGGCUGUUGAAAGUUGUUGCAGGGAUCGAAAUUUCUUUUACGCUAACAUCAAAAUCAGGUGGUGAUGAUGUGGACGACGAGUAUGCUGACCUGUACGUCGUGAAAUGGACUUCUUUGAUGAUACCGCCAAUCGUGAUCAUGAUGGUAAAUUUAAUAGCAAUAGCAGUUGGAUUUAGCCGAACCAUAUACAGUGUGAUACCGCAAUGGAGCCGUUUGAUAGGUGGAGUUUUCUUUAGUUUCUGGGUGUUGGCUCAUUUGUACCCUUUCGCGAAAGGGCUGAUGGGAAGACGAGGAAGGACACCGACCAUUGUUUUUGUGUGGUCGGGACUUCUUGCGAUCACGAUAUCGCUGCUUUGGGUGGCUAUCAAUCCUCCCUCAAAUACUGACCAAAUUGGAGGUUCAUUCCAGUUCCCUUGAUGAUGAGAUGAAUAUUUUGUUCAAUGACAUUACUUCAUUAGUUUGUUUUGGCCCGUCGUUUUUGUUUUCUCUGUUAUAUUGGAGAAGAAGAGACCGGUUCUUGUGUCUGAUUCAAUUGGUGAAAUCUGGAGGAAGACCAAGAAACUGAAAUGCUAGUCCUUGGAUGACUAUCUUAUUGUAUUCUUUUGUAAUUUAGAAAGUUGAACAUUAAAUUUAAUUACAACAACAUACUUUAAUUUAUUUAUUUACAGUUUCAUGUUUGCUUA